UAGCCGCGAGCGGGCCGCCGGCGCUCCCGGGCGCCCGCGGCGCGGGCCAUGGCGGCGGAGGCGCGCGUGUCGCGCUGGUACUUCGGGGGACUGGCCUCCUGCGGGGCCGCCUGCUGCACGCACCCGUUAGACCUGCUCAAGGUGCACCUGCAGACGCAGCAGCGGGUGAAGCUGCGCAUGACGGGCAUGGCGCUGCGGGUGGUGCGCUCCGACGGCGUGCUGGCGCUCUACAAUGGCCUCAGCGCCUCCCUGUGCCGACAGAUGACCUACUCCCUGACCCGGUUCGCCAUCUAUGAGACCGUGCGGGACCACGUGAGCAAGAGCAGCGAGGGGCCCCUGCCCUUCUACAAGAAGGUUUUGCUGGGUGCCAUCAGCGGUUGCAUUGGCGGCUUCGUGGGGACGCCCGCGGAUAUGGUCAAUGUCAGGAUGCAGAACGACAUGAAGCUGCCCCUGAGUCAGCGUCGCAACUACGCCCACGCUGUGGACGGCUUGUACCGUGUGGCCCGGGAAGAGGGUCUGAAGAAGCUGUUCUCGGGCGCCAGCAUGGCAUCCAGUCGAGGGAUGCUAGUCACCGUGGGCCAGCUGUCCUGCUACGAUCAGGCCAAGCAGCUGGUGCUCAGCACCGGGCACCUGCCUGAUGGCGUCCUCACUCACCUUGUCGCCAGCUUCAUCGCGGGUGGGUGUGCCACGAUCCUGUGCCAGCCCCUGGACGUCCUGAAGACGCGUCUCAUGAAUGCCAAGGGCGAGUAUCAGGGUGUUCUCCACUGCGCAGUAGAGACAGCAAAGCUGGGGCCGCUGGCCUUUUACAAGGGCCUCCUGCCUGCCGGCAUCCGCCUCAUGCCGCACACAGUGCUGACGUUUGUGUUCCUGGAGCAGCUCCGCAAGCACUUCGGCAUCAAAGUGCUUUCCUGAUGGGGGGGGGGAAGGGGCGACCCCGCACCCAGGAGGGUUGGUGGGCUGAGCGCUGCCCGUGUGCCCAGGCCUCCGUCCUCCCGGGCCCCCCACCCUGGCCUUCCCCCAUGGGCUCCGGCCGCACCCAGCCUACCUGGGCCGGAGAUCCUUCCAGAAUCCUCCGUCCCCUCCACUUUCUGCCUGCCCUCCCCAGGCUCUCCCUACCUGGCAUUCCGGGGGACCCCCAUGUCCUCCCCCAGGCACAGUAAUGACCCAGAGGGGAGGUGUCCAGGCCCUGGGUUUGGUUCUCUCCUCCCCCAGUAGCCGGCUCACCCUGGAGGUGGGCUGUUCUCCAGUCUGAGGCCUUCAGCAGCAGCUUCCAUCCAGGGAUGGGUGGCGAUGGAGGGGGUACCGACCCCCCAGCACAGCUCAGCAGACUCGGGGUGCGCACAGGCACUUUUAUUUCUGGAGAGGGACCGUAGCUCUUCUGACAUUCUCAAAGGCAGCUGUGCCCCCCAGCACCGGGGCCCCUGGGCAGACGGCACUGGGCAGAACCACCAAGUCCAGGAGGGAGGGUGGGCGCAUGGCCCAUGGGCACCAGGUUGCUUUAACGAGUAAUUUCACGGAAACCUCUCAGCGCCGGGAGCCUGCUGCCGCCUUCAGGGAGCAGGCAGCGCCCCACACGCUGUCCGCGCCUCCCCCAGCUCCCCAUGCAGGGGCCCACUCUGUGCGGCCAGCGGCUGCCCACAGAGCACCCCCCAGCCUGAGUUCUGGCACCAGGCAGCCUGUCCCCACACCCCGCAAGGGGUUCUCUGCAGGGUGUCAAUAAAGGACCGCGCAGUGCUCCA